AUGGCCAUGCGUCACGCUAAGUUUGAUAUGAAUGCAUUGGCAAAGUGUGCUGCCGAGUCCGUUGGCUGUACACUGGCAGAAUGUGUCCGCAUUGACAAAUUCCCUGAUGGGAACUUUAAUAAGACAUUUCUUUUCACGAUGCAGAACGAAAACCCUGUUGGUGCCGAGUACAUAAUUAUGGAGAAGGUCGCAGGGGUUCAACUUAAAAAAGUUUGGCCAAAACUAGAUAUCAAGCAAAGGUUUGAAGUCGUGAAAUCUAUCUCAAGAUACCAGAAAGCCUGGAUGUCGACAUCAUUUACCAAAAUUGGGAGUCUAUACUACUCUUCAGGUCUGGAUGAUGCUUCCGGAUGUGUUCUUGUUCAAGAGGAUGGCACUGAAAUUGAAGAUCUGCGGUUUACUGUCGGUCCGUCAACGGGUCGAGAGUUUUUUGAUGACGGGCGGAUCACAUUGGACUUCGAUCGAGGCCCAUCGAUUUCGUCGCCUGUCUUGUGGCACCCAGACCUACACACUGAGAAUAUCUUUGUGCACCCUGAAAGACCAUCAGAAGUGAUAGGUAUCAUUGAUUGGCAAUCGAGCGAAAUCCUGCCACUCUUUGAUCAAGCUCGCCAGCCAUAUUUUCUUAAUUAUGAAGGCCCCUCGUACGCCGGCUUGGACCCGCCCCCAUUUCCAGAGAAUUUCGACCAACUCGAUACUGUGGAACAAGUCAGAGCCCAGAGCCUGUACCUGAAUAUGUCACUCUCUGCGUUAUAUCGAAGGUUCAUGUAUGCAAAUAACAAAAGGUUCUUCAAGGUCAUGGAAUUCAGACAGACCUCCAGUUUCGACAUCACGCUACUUUCACAAAAUCUUCUUGUCGACGGGGAGGCGUUACAUCAGAGUAGGAUUCUUGAGCUGGAAAGUGAGUGGUCUAGUCUUCCGGGUGUCCAGGCAGUGGGAAACCCGACAUUUCCGCUCAGGUUUUCCACUGAGGAAGCGGAGGCUAUUGCUGAAGACGCCACUGGCGCUAUAAGAGCUAUGGACCUAAUGCAGAAAUUGAAAGAAUCAUUGGGUCAACUAUGGCCGGAGAAAGGUGUUGUCCCUCAUGAUCAAUAUGAUCAAGUGAAAAUGCACAUGGGCAAGGCCAAAGCUGAAAUGAUUGACGAUCUGGCACGCUCUCAAGAGGAGAGAGUCGAGUGGGAGAAGUCGUGGCCAUAUCGUGAUUAG